AGCCCUGCAAACAGAAGGGCGAGAGCCGGUUCCUGGCAAUGAAGCCCCGGUGACUGGUUCAGCUGUUCUCCCGUGCAGCGAGGGCUAGGGGCAGCCAAGCGGAAAACCUCCUCUGAUCACAAGGCAUCUAGGAGAAAAGCCUAGGCACGCUGGGGGCAGAGAUGAUCCUGAGCGCUCCAGCUAAGAACUGGCAGUAAACCCCUUACCCCCCACACACUCUCAUCACAGGGCAAACACUUCCCCGUGCACACUGACCUGCAGCGUGCAAGCAAGCGUAGCCUGCAGCCCAGCCUUCUCCCGUGGUACUAAAGUUCAGUCCGCUUAGAGCCAUGGGGAAUGGGAUGAACAAGAUUCUGCCUGGCUUGUUCCUUGGCAACUUUAAAGAUGCUCGAGAUGCGGAGCAACUGAGCAAGAAUAAUGUUACACACAUUCUGUCAAUCCAUGACGGUGCUAGGCCAAUGCUUGAGGGAGUGAAAUAUCUGUGCAUUCCUGCUGCCGAUUCACCCUCACAGAAUUUGACAAGACAUUUCAAAGAGAGCAUCAAGUUUAUCCAUGAGUGCCGACUUAGAGGUGAGGGCUGUCUUGUUCACUGUCUGGCUGGAGUCUCCAGGAGCGUAACUUUGGUAGUUGCUUACAUCAUGACAAUCACAGACUUUGGCUGGGAAGAUGCAUUGUCUAUUGUACGAGCAUCAAGAUCCUGUGCCAAUCCGAACAUGGGCUUCCAAAGGCAGCUACAGGAGUUUGAAAAAAGUGAUGCUGACCAUUUCAGGCAGUGGCUGAAGGAAGAAUAUGGAGAAAAUUCUUUGCAGGAUGAGCAAGAAGCCAAAAUUCUUCUGAGUAAAUAUAAAGAGCAGGCAAUGACGCAACCAGGUCCCGGCGGGAGACAGUGGAAUAAUAACUUUUCCUCACUGCCUUCCCUGUCAUACAACAACUACACAACAGAGACCUAAUCACUUCAGACUGGAUUCAUUUUCUUUUUUCCUUUGACCUGUUUAAAAACAGAUGUCACCAGGGUCCCCUCCACACUCUACGGAAGUCAUGCGAGCUGUACCCUUGUGGAAUACUUGAUGAAAAUAUUAUACCGCGUGUGUGUGUGUUUGACACAAUUUUACAGUUUUAUGUAACACCACUCUCUGUAAGCUUCUCUCUUGAGAGGCACCCCUUAUGUCAGCUUGUCACUGCCCUCAGACUCCACCCCCUUUAUAAUAUGUGCCUCUCUAAAACACACUCCUGUGCGCAUGAUAACAUUGUCUCCAAAGAAUGAGCUUCCAAAGUGUGUGAGCACUUAUGUAUUUUUUGCUUGUGCUGCGGGUUGCUGUUUGACCUUAGCUACCUCAAAAAUGCUGUUCUUGUCACUGAGGUUGUAAAUGCAACUUUGAAAAUUGCCUCGAUUUUACACUUGAUGAACGCAAACUGUGUGUGUCAUAAAAAAAAUUAUUUGAGAGGUUUCUGGCUUUCAUUUAAAUUAUUCAUAGUUGUCACUAGUUUGAAUUAAAAAUUAAGAUUAAGUAGGAAGAUUCAAGAUGCGUGAAUUCCAUCUAUUUUGCCAAUUUAAAACCAGUGGUCAAAUUUGUCAGAGUGCACAUGUAAGCAACAUUUUAACCCAGAGUAAAAAAACUGGAGGCUAUAUUCUGCUUCUGGUUAUCCUGGUGUAAAUCUGGAAUAGCUCAGUUGACUUAGUUGGAAUUAUUCUGGAUUUACAACAGUGUAACUCCAAACAAGUUAAUUAAGUUGUUCCAGAUUUACACUGGUGUUAUGAUGAGGAGAAUUGGAUACAAUGUCCUUACUUUUAGUCUUUGAUUCAGAGCAAACAGAGGUAUCAUUUAAAGAUUCCAGAACAGAGAAGGAUGCUCUCCCAACCUGCAAGGACAUUUCAAGAGAAUUAAGCUGUUUUCAAUAUACAGUGCAUGCUGAAUGUCCCAAUCAUCCAUAGUAAGAGAGAUUCAACACACUGUACUUAACUAGAAUUUUUUUUAUUUCAUGUCCUAUGAUACGCUAACUUACAAACAUUUAACGUGGUACCCUUUGAUGCUUGCUGCCACUGUCUUCACACAAUGAUGAGCCCUGGGAUGGACUGGAGAUGGACUGUAGGGGUAAAGUAAACCCCAAAAUAUUUCUGACAUCUUAUCUAUUUUAAUGGAAUGGAAAGUAUGGCUAUUAAAAAUCCAUGAACGCAAAAAUUAGGAUUUACAUUACUACUAUAACCAAGCUCCAAUCUGCACCAGAAUUCUAUGUUGUGGGCCUCAUCGCACCACACAGUGCUAGUAUAUUACAUAUGGCCAGAACAAAUUGUAACUGUAUUGGUGGCAGGUAUUGGGAUAUUGUAGGACUUGAAAAAGUCUUACCUUUUGUUUCCAACCUCAUAGCUUGCUGAAUCCCAUGUGUGCGCAUUACUUAAUCUUUGCAGACCACCACCAUUAAUAGAUAACUCUUGGCUAGCAGGCAAACAGGUGACUGUCUGAAUUUCAAUAGGAGACAGGUUUAGUAAUUGCCCAAGACAAUACUACCUUCUAUGCAUUAGACUGAUGGAAGCUUCCAUUCACAGUCACUAGUUUUUGUAAACUGGAGACUUAGUAAAAGAGUCUUACACACGGAUAGCUCAGUGGUUUGAGCAUUGGCCUGCUAAACCCAGGGUUGUGAGUUCAAGGGGACCAUUUAGGGAUCUGGGGCAAAAAUCUGGGGAUUGGUCCUGCUUUGAGGAGGGGGUUGGAUUAGAUGACCUCCUGAGGUUCCUUCCAACCCUGAUAUUCUAUGAAGAUUGAGAAUGAUGAUCUCCUUGUUCAAACCUGUGUAUUCACAAUAAGAUAUGGCAUUUUUGGCACAUGCACCAAAAAAAGACACAGUUGUCAAAAGUAUUCCAAGUAUUUACAGCAGAAGUGUGUGUGUACACCACACACACACAGAGUAUAUACCAAUGUUAACUGCGUUUGACACAUGUUCCAGAAUGUGUUAUUGCACUUCUCUUUUUCCACAGCAAUACUGUGGGUGCUGAUAAAUUUAAAAUUACUUUAUACUGAGAACAAUUAGAGACAUCUGUUAAUGUUUUGUGUUCAGGUUUAUCUUUUUUGUGUUCAGGUUUGUUCUUUUGUUCUUUUUUGUUUUAAUUGGCUGGUUGACUGACUUCCAAAGUGUCAACCUCUGAAACAACAUCAUUCGAUGCCUGCAUAGUUGACAUGUCUCAAUAGCCAUAAAGCCCACACACUUGUGAAGCUGCAACUGGAAAGCAGACUCAAGAGUAAAGUGAGAAGAUCUAUAGAUGGGAUUUGGAGUGUUUGUUUCUAGCACACACCAACUCUUCUUUUCUCUUUAAUGGACCAGAGGAAGGUAUCUGUGUAGAUACUUUUGGCUGGGGUAGAGUAGAUCCUCACCCCUCUGAUCUUCAAUGGUUGUGUAUCACCCUCCUAAACCCACGCCACAGUUGUACCAUCUUCUCCUUCAAGAGAGUAGAAUAGAAUUAAGGGGGUGAGAGGACAACAGGAGCAUAAGGAAGCCUGGGCUGUCCUGUCCCCGGUGGGAGUGGGACAGUAGGAUCUCCUGCAUUAGUAAGUUAUCAAGGCACAGAAGGGAUGGCAAUCACAGCUAAACCUUACUCCAUUCCUUUAAGAAAGGAGCGAAACAGAUAUUGUCCAGAAACAUAGUACAGUCUCUUCUCUUACCAGCCUUCCAGUGACAGCUUAAAGGGCUACUUGACUGUGUGGAUAUAUGAUUAUCCACCAGAGGACAGCCAACAUCCAGGUGUUUGACUUUAACUGUAUAAACUAUGUGUUCAGUUUUUCCACAUACUUUCAGUAUUGCCUUUCUGUAUUUCUAAGCCUCUGCUUUAUUUUGCCUUCCCCUAUCAAAUGCAUGAAACUUUUUAACAACUUAUUGAGCAUCCUGAUUUACACAGAUAACUUACUAUUUUGUAAGCUUAAUUAUUUUGUGUGACUGCAAGCAAACAUUUUAGCAUGAUUCUACAGGUAACUUCAUCAGUAUUUAUUACCCUGAUUUUAACCUGGAAACAGUUGUUGCUUUGAUUGUUUUUUUGGGGUGAUUGGAAAAAUAUUAUGGCAAAUUUUCUUUUUAAAAAAAAACACAUUGUUUAUAAUAAUCACUGUAUAUAACUGUCAGUGAAAGAUUACAGUCAAUUCUUCAGUCAGUUAGGAACUGUAAGCCCAGUAAGCUUGGUUCUCUGUCUUCCUUUUGGCAUCAUAAUGAAGCCUCCUCUUUGGUUGCUUUUCUCUAUGGUUUGUAUUUAAUACGUUCUACAAUUUUCUAUAAAUAAAAGUAAAUGUUAAUAGCCUA